AUGAACGACGACCGGUAUUCCCGGCAUGGCGACGGCAACUACAGACAAGGGUACCCUCCCUCGGUGCCGGCGUCUCGAGCUGGAGGACGACACCACGACGCGUCGCAACCGUAUUUCGAACCACCUCCGAUCGCAGGGUACGACGAUGGAGACUACGUGCCGCCACGCGAAGUGCACGAUCACUAUGGAGUUGAUCCGUAUGCUCAAUCGGGCGCCCGCCCUCAGACGACGGAGAUGGCGGCAUACGACGACGAGAUAGCGGAAGCAGGCUAUCGGCGAGGAUACGAGGAUACACGGGCGUACACCCAUCUUCCGCCGCCGCCGUCCGAUCAUGAGCUAGGAAGAAGGCCUCGUCGGCAUCGAAGCGUCGAGGGCAGUAGCCGUUACGACGAUAGAAGCGAAUACUCAGAUGAUGAUAGCUAUGCUGAUAGCAGAAGCCGAGAUCGAGGCGGCAGACGGAGAUACAGCGAUGAAGAGCGUACAAUGGACAGGAGAUCGCGCUCUCGUUCUGAACCCAGAAGAGGAGGCCGCGAAGCCUUUGGAGGAUUGUCUGAAAGUGAAGUCGGCCUUGGCGCGAAGCUCGUCGGCGGCGGCGCUGGUGCUUUGCUGGGUCGCAAACUGGGAAAGAAAUCUGCACUCAGUACCGUGGCUGGAGCUGUGGUCGGUUCCAUUGCGGCGACUGCUAUCGAGAAGCAGAUCGAGCAGAGGAGAGGAGAUCAGGCCCGAGGACACCGCGUUCGAGGCGACGAGGAGAGAGACGGCGAAAGAACAAGGCCACGAUCGCGAUCACGAUCAGGGUUCCGAGAGCGUCUGCGUUCGUUGAGUCGUCGAGGCGCCAGGAGUCUCAGCGCUGGUCCAAGGCGAACACGUCGUAGUGACAGCUUCUCCUCUGAGGAGUCGUUCCGGCGUCCGAGAUAUUGA